GCUUUUAUUCACUGUUGCUUUCAUCUGUAGGAGAUUACGAAUUCAAAAAGGCAAACAUAUAUCAGGUAUAAACGUAUAGCCCGCUUGUUAUUCGGAAUUCGAUCUAGCUAGAAGCUAGAGUAAAAUUAUUUUUUCAUUGAAAUGUUUCCUGUCACCCUUACAGAAUAUUACGCCGACACCUGGGUAUGGGACAAUCAGAACAAAUCGUCCGAGGUUGUAUUAUCACAAGACAGUAUGGAAGCCUAUUUCAAUAUAGAUCCUGUUAAUUUGAGUACUGGAACUUCAGGAGUACGAGGUACUAGAGCGUUAGGUGAAGGUGAACACUAUUGGGAGGUAGUGUUUUUAGAACCACCAUAUGGUACGUCAGUAAUGGUUGGAGUGGGAACAAAACAUGCCAAGCUUCACACAAAUAAUUACGAAUAUGUCAAUCUCAUAGGAAUAGAUAAAGAGAGUUGGGGUUUAUCGUACAAAGGAACAAUUUUUCACGAGGGACAAAGACGAAAAUAUUGUGAUCCGAUAUAUGACAGUAAUACUGUAAUAGGGUGCUUAUUGAACACUUAUAAUGGAACACUUUCUUAUUAUCAAAACGGUGUUAGUCUUGGUGUGGCAUUCUGUGAUUCCGAGUUGAUGAGUGGACAUUUGUACCCAAUGAUUUCAUCCACAGCGUCCGAGACAGAAUUGGCAUUAGGUAGAAGGUUCUGCAAAAGAAGCUUAUCUCUGCGAGAUAAAUGCUGUUCCAUUAUACGCAAUCGAAUUCCCUGUAAAGACCAGGUUGAUUAUCUCCCUUUGCCAAACCUCGUAAAGCGACAAAUCUUACUCUCGUGAACAACAAGAUCUACUACAGAUCUGUGAUGUAAUUU